AUGUCGGCUUACAAAACGUCAGGCCGGAAUCAAUGGCCAAAGAAGAAGAAGAAGAAGGAGGCGCACUUACUGUCAUGGCCUCCGGGUCCUUUCCAUCAAUUCGGCGUCCCCAUCGACGCGGCGAAGGCGGCGCCAGGCGGGCCAGGUGACCCGGAGCUGGCGGCGUCCAUGGACCGAGGCUGCCGUUACGUCCGCCCCAUCAUUCAGGGCGUCUUGGGAGUCGCUGUAAUCGCACUCGCCAUGAUCAACGGCGGUCUCAUCAACUCAUACCUACACCGGGACGCGCAUCACAUGGAACCGAGGCCCAGCUCGAGUGACAGUGCUGAGCCGUACCCUCAGGAAAUUAGUGAGAGGCUGAACGCAGCCGGCAACCCUCCUUACCUGAGAGUGUCUCCGACACGAGUCUGGGAGUACGAGAGCGACCAAGCCGAAAAUUCAACCACCGGGCCUGCCGCGAAAGCAAACUUGCUUGGAAACCACCAACGAUCCUCUCACCAGGGCUCCGAUAAGGGCUGCAAGGAGCCGGAGUGCCUCUGGUACGUGCACCACAUGGAGACAAAAAUUGACACAAACGUGGAGCCAUGUGACGAUUUCUACAAUCACGUAUGCAGCGCCAAGUGGUUCUCCCGCCAUCUUAAUCCAACGUUUGAGAUGGAGAGCCUGGAAAAACUCAUGAGCUCUCUGAACUUGAACUUGCGCAUGGGUAGGCAAAGUGUGUUACGCUGGAUUCGCAACUCUGCUUUUCUUUACGACGCUUGCCGGUCCUCGAACGGUUCAAAGGCUGUGAGGGACAAACUGCUGGUGAGACUUCGGAAGCCGUCGACGACCAAACCGCCGGAAGUCGUCUUCCGGGUUGUGUUGCAAGAAAUGAUGCCGCAACUUCAGCGCCUUCAGAGCGAGUAUCUCGAGGGCGUCAAGAUGCAUCCGCUCGCGAACGUGUACAUGGCACCUUCUAGCGGUGCGAAUGGGUACGUCCCCUGCGUCGAUUCGCCCCAGCUUCUACUGAAAAGGUUCUUUUUGCGCCACCCUGAACGUACCGAACGCGAUUAUCAGAGGCUCGUAGAGGACGUACUGACCGACUUGGACGAUCCGGCACUGGUCGCAAGUAAGAUCGUGCACAUCGAGCGGAGGCUGUGCAACAUCGUGUCCGGGACAUCUCCAUGGACAGCGGAGUGGACCUUGACUCCCGCUCGCAUGGCUCAUCUGGGAAACGCGACGAUACGCUGGUUAACCCAGUUGUUUCCAGCUUCUUUUGAGAGCAGGUUGAACGUGCGCAUUCUUGACAAAAAAUACGUCUCCCAGCUGUUGGACAUCCUCAAGCACUUGUGCACACCCGAAGAUGUUGCCGAUUACUUUUACUUUAGGGCUCUUGUGGAAUACUCGCCGUUUCUCAACAUAUCCACACUCAUUCCACUCAGUUACGAUAGGCAUGUGAGCGAGGUACCACCAAGGGUUCAGGGUUGCUUACACAUGGUAGAAAACAUGUACAAGCACGGCAUGCGUAUUUUGAGCACCGAAGCGCUCGGUGGAAACUUGGGCGUCUGGAGAAUACCUUUUGAGUACGAGAUCGCCACACUUUUUGAAGACCUCAAACUGGCCCUUUUACACGCCGCACGCAAAUGGUUUAGUAGCGAGACCGUAAACAGCGCAUUACGCAAGCUGCGAACCAUGAAGCUUGUCUACCUGGGAGCCAAGGCGUCGUCUCCUUCCUCGUACGCCCAAGACACACCCGAGUUUCUAAACCUGCGUGAUUUCAAGCUCCUGGUCAAAGACGCUGUCAGCCGAGAGUUUAAUCAAACGAACAACUCCGAUUUUGUGAAUAGGGCGUCUGUAUUUUCGACGUCGGUUGACUACAACCGUGACACCAAUUCCAUCUACGUGCCACACGCUCUUGUCACCUUGCCCGUACUUAUGUCAGAGACUUUGCAUCCAAUCUUUCUGGCCAUCAUCGGGGCAAAAAUGAUGCUUGGUAUGAUGGCGGCCAUCGACGCUCGUGGUUCGGUGUUGUCGUCUGACAACGGUGAGCCCAAGUCAUGGUGGAGCAGCUACGACCGGAUGACGUUCAAGAACAAAUCCGCCUGCUUCAAGCAGCAACUGGAAAGAGCGGUGAGGGACAUUUCUUCGGAAGGUAAUGGUCGGGACUUCCUGAACCAGUUCAUAGCAGAAAACGCUAUCGUGGAGCACGUAUACAAUAUUUAUAGAAAAAAUGUUCUCAGGCGCUAUCCGGAUGGUCUGGGACAAAAAGACGACAUGCUGAAGAACGACAAGGUUUUUUUCUAUGCCUACGCGAUGGCCCAUUGCGAGAGACCAGGAAUCGAGAAGGUGCAGCUCAAGUACAGACAUGCCCUGCCUGCGAGGUUGCGCGUGAACAGUGCUCUGGCCAACUACGCCAGGUUUCAGAAGGCCUUCCGGUGCAGACCGGGAAAAAAGAUGGCGCCUAGGAACCGAUGCUCGUACUGGGGGCGUUGA